CUCGAUAGUGCCGACGAUCUCGAUAUAUUUAUUAUACAACCCGACUACCAGCGACGCAUAUAAUAGGCGGCCGUUUGCAACGUAUCUGCCUCAGAGUCGAAAUGGAUCGAUUAUCGUCACUACGCGCAGUAAGGAUCUGGCUUUCAGGCUGACCGGGCGCCGCUAUAAUAUGAUCGAAAUCGGACCGAUGGCGCAGCCGGACGCCCUCGCGCUCCUGGAAAACAAGCUAGGGCCGCUUUCAGAUACGGAUGUGGCGACCGAUCUCGUACAAGCACUCGAUCUUGUUCCGCUGGCCAUUAGCCAAGCUGCGACCUACAUUCAGGCAAGGGCACCGCGGAGCUCGCCCGAGAAGUACCUAGCUGAGUUCCGCGAGAGCGGACGUAAAAGGAGCAGGCUGUUAUAGUAUCCUUUGAUCAUAUACGGUCUAAGCGGACUU